AUGCCAGGCAACAUCAGAUUGUAGCAUCCAACUCUAGUAUUUUUGGAACGCUUAACACCCCUAUCCAUUCCAACUUAGUUAACUGAGGAGAUUGAAGAGCAUGUGUAGAAUCUAGAAUAAGGACUGGCUAAGAGUAUAGAUGACAGCAAACACUAUUUGAGACUGGAACAAAUGAGACUGAAUUCAAGCCUAAUUCUUUGUUUUUGA